AAUACAAACUAUUAGCCUCACACUUUACUGCACUGCCAUUUGGGGCUUCGAGUUUUAGCAUACACGGAUACGGUUGACUUCGUUGCGCACUAUACGUUUAGAUGUAGAUUAUUAGCUGAACAUAUUUUGGUUAACGAAGCAAAAUGAAAACCCCAAAAGAUGACGGCAAAGACAGCAUCGAAGAGGAGCCAACUCGGAUGAAAUGGAAGAGAAGUCUUGAUUUUCUACUAUCGCUGAUCGGAUAUGGUGUGGGAAUUGGCAAUAUCUGGAGGUUUCCUUAUUUAUGUGCUAAAAACGGCGGAGCCGUGUUUCUAAUACCCUAUGCAAUAUUCAUGAUUUUGUUGGCUUUACCACUGACGUUUUUAGAAUUAUCUAUUGGGCAGUAUUCCGGUAAAAGUACCUUCGACGUAUGGGAUAUUUGUCCUGCCUUCAGAGGACUGGGUGUGGCUGCAACUUUUCUUUCUGGAAUUAACAGUAUGUACUUCAACAUGAUCCUUGCCUGGAUUUUAUACUAUCUGGUUCAUUCCUUCAUGUCACCCUUACCAUGGACGACCUGUGAUAAUUGGUGGAAUACAGACAACUGUUUGUUACAAACCUACGUAACCGCAAAUUCUACUUUAAACGAAACGAAUAUAAUUUAUCAACCUGGAAUAAAUGAGACUUCUGGACUUCACCAAGCGUAUGGAUAUGGGAUAAAUCUAACUACGGAUUCCAUGACAAACGACACAAAUAGUUCUAUAAAACAUACAACUGCUUCUGAAGAAUUCUGGAACCACAAUGUGUUGCGGAAAUCUGAAGGAUUAGAUGACAUCGGUGCUAUGCAAUGGCACCUGGUUGUAGCAUUGGUUGUUGGAUGGUUGAUGAUUUUUCUCUGUAUAGUAAAAGGAGUGAAAUCGGUCGGAAAGGUUUGUUGGGCAGCUUACAUCACCUACUAAUAUCUUGCAGUCCAAUGAUAACGUUCAUAGGGUUUAAACAUGGGGGUGUUUUUUUAAAUUAAAUGUUGUUGCUAUAUAGCUUUAAAGAUGGAUUUUAAAAAUAAAAAAAAAACUGUUGUUGCUUUAUCCACCUUUAAGAUUUGUUUUGUGUACAAUUUUAUGGGUAUGAUUGAAUUAAUGCACAAUAAAGCUUUUGCGAUCAUUAUUUUAAAGUUUUAGUUUUUGUAGAGAUGAUGCUGACCUAAAGUUAUAUAAUCGAGCUCUUGCUUGAUAUAUAAUAUAUUGUUAUUGUAGCAUUGAUCUCAACAUAGUCCUUCUUUAUUGUAGGUUGUGUAUGUGACAGCAACAUUGCCAUAUGUAUUUAUUACUAUUAUAUUGGUUAGAGCUGUUACACUACCUGGUGCCAUAGAUGGUAUCAAAUUCUACAUUAUUCCAGAUUUCAGUAAACUGGCUAACAUUCAGGUAUGGAUUCAGGCACUGAUGCAGAUUUUCUUUUCGAUGGGAAUCGGAUGGGGUGGUUUCACCACUAUGGCCAGUUAUAAUAAAUUUAAUAAUAAUAUAUUAAGGGAUUCAAUUAUUUACUGUAUUGUUGGAGAGGGGACUAGUUUCUAUGCAGGGUUUGUUGUGUUUUCUGUACUAGGAUUUAUGUCCCAUAAAACCGGUUCAAACGUCUCGGAUAUAGUGAAAACAGGCCCAGGGUUAGCGUUUAUUACCUAUCCGGAAGCCUUGAGCCAGUUGCCACUUCCACAGUUAUGGGCAGUUCUCUUCUUUCUCAUGCUGUUGUUUGUAGCCAUCGAUUCAAUGUUUGUAAGUGUUGAAGUAUGUGUAACAACUGUAACUGAUUUAAUACCAAAUAUCAAAUCUAGAGCACGAUUAAUGGUUACAGCUGGCACCUGUUUCUUAAUGUUUCUAUUUACAUUGAUUUAUACCACACAGGCUGGAAUCUAUAUCUUUCAAUUAGUAGACUGGUACAUGGCAGCUAUAACACUUAUUUUAAUAACUAUACUAGAAAGUAUUGUUAUUGGUUGGAUGUAUGGCGCUGAUCGCUAUUUAGAUGACCUUCAAAUGAUGUUGGGAAAGCGGCCGUCCAUACUUUUUAAAUAUCUCUGGCGUUUUUUAAAUCCACUUAUAUUAAUCUUGGUUCUGAUUUCUACAUUAGUUAGAUAUCAACCACCUACCUAUGGAGAAUAUGUAUUUCCACCAUACGCUAGUGGUAUUGGUUGGGUCAUAGCUCUAUCCUCUGCUGUACCCAUACCAAUAUGGAUUGGAAAAGAGAUUAUGCAACGGAAAGGUACCUUAGCUCAGAAGAUUAAAGCAUCUUUUAAACCUAAUGCAAACUGGGGUCCUGCUAAAGAUUACAAGUUGGCUUAUGAAUCAUCAGAAACAGAGAUGUAAUGGUAUAAACAAAAACAAUGCUCACAUAAUCAAAGGGAUAUAAACAUAUCAUAUUCAUAAAAUUAACAGGACAUCAAUGAGCCAUUUUGUUAAUCUGACAUUUUGUUAAUUUGUUAAUUCCGUGGGAUACUAGAUUAUUUUUGUUUAGGUAGACGCAUUUUAUUAAUACAUGUAAUAUGGAUAUUAUAUUUCCAAUCAAUCAUAAAUCCUUAGUUAGACAGAGGAGGGUCAGUGGGUGGUAGAAUGAUCUAAACAUCCGCUUUAGAUCAUACGAUCUGUCACACGAUCAUACGGUCAGGUGGUAUGGUUUAGAUCCCAAGUGGCGUGGUUUGUGCUUGGCAAGGAAUAUUGUCACAUGCUUUAUCUCGUGGGUUUUCUACGAGUUCUCUGUUUUCCUACCAUAUGUUAGUCCCAUAAGGAAAUAGUUUAUUUUCGAGUAGAUGUUAAACCCCAUUUCUCUUUCUCUUGUUUUUUAUUUAGAUAAAAUUAUAGCUAUGCAUUUAUAACUAGUGGAUAAAAUUAUAGCUAUGCAUUUAUAACUAGUGGAUAAAAUUUAUAAGCUUUUACACAUUUUUUGUAUAAUACAUUAAUGUUAUGGUUUAUAUUGUUUUAAUUUUGAAUUUAAAUGUCUAAACAUUAUAUAUUUUUACAUUCAUCAUAAAUGUAUGAUGGAGACAAAUUCCUCGAACUUGCUAUGUUAAUUUGUUUUGGCAAUAUGUAUUCAAAAUACUGGCUCAGAACUAUUAAUGUGUAUCUAGAGAAAAAAAUACUAACAUAUUUAUUUCAGUUGUACUUUGUAUUCACUUAUUACAAUGUAUCUAGUAAAAAUGUACCUUGUAUUCACUUUAAAAUAAUUGAAAUGUAUCUAGAA